ACCAUAGACAAGUGAUGCGUAUGGGAGGAGGCGGCGGCUGUAGUCUGUGCUACUUCCCCACUGAUCCCUGUAAUGGCUGCUGCUGAGGAUCAGUGGGCUGCUUUCCCUACGUGUAUGAUGCUAUAGCUUCUCAGGAAUCGAUACUCCCAGAGGUAGCAAGAUGGAGGAGCGUGCCAACUUAAUGAAUAUGAUGAAGGUCAGCAUAAAAGUAUUGAUCCAGUCCGCUCUUAAUCUGGGUAGAAGUCUGGAUUCUGAUUACCCGCCGCUGCAGCAAUUUUUUUUUGUGAUGGAGCAUUGUCUGAAACAUGGAUUAAAAGUGAAGAAAAGCUUCAUUGGGCAGAAUAAAUCUUUCUUUGGCCCGCUGGAACUGGUGGAAAAACUUUGCCCUGAAUCUUCUGAUAUAUUUGCAAACAUUAGAAAUCUUCCUGAAAUUAAGACAUCUGUUGGGCGAGGGAGGGCUUGGCUGCACCUUUCAUUGAUGCAAAAGAAGUUAGCGGAUUACUUGCAACUUCUUCUAGACCACAAGGCACUGCUAAGCGACUUUUACGAGCAUGGCGCUUUAAUGAUGGAGGAAGAGGGGGCUGUGAUUGUUGGCCUUCUCGUGGGUCUGAACAUGAUCGAUGCAAAUUUGUGCCUUAAAGGAGAAGAUUUGGAUUCUCAGGUUGGAAUCAUUGACUUUUCUUUCUGUCUUAAGGAUACCCAGAUGAAUGAUGACAAUGAAAAAAAAGCAGAUGAAAUUGCCUCUGUUCUUGAUCAGAAACACUAUGUAGAAGAACUAAACAGACACCUAAGCUGCACAGUGGGAGACCUUCAAUCAAAAAUUGAUUACCUGGAGAAGACCAAUGCAAAGCUAAAUGACGAGCUUGUUGCAGCAAAGGAUCGUAUUGUAUCACUACAGGAUGAACAUAAUCAGCUAUUACAAGAGAGCACACUUCUACGGAAGAAAAGUGAAAGAAGCGUUGAGGUAAAUAUGCAAGAUACGAAAGUUGAAUUAGAAACUUAUAAACAGACCCGCCAAGGACUGGAUGAGUUGUAUAAUGAAACCCUGAAGCAGCUAAAAGUAGAAAAACAAGCUCGACUGGAACUUGAAAAAGAGCUAGAAUUGCAGCUUAGCAUGAAGACUGAAAUGGAAAUGGCGAUGAAACUGCUCGAAAAGGAUGUUCAUGAAAAGCAAGACACGCUGGUAGUUCUGCGGAAACAGCUGGAUGAUGUCAAGUCCAUUAAUCUUCUCAUGUGCCAAAAAGUAAAGGAAACAGAAAUUGCCUUACAGAAUAAGACGGAGACUGUGUCUAUACUACAGGCUAAGUCAGAUCAGAUGGAUUCUGUAACAAAACUACAGGAGCAAAGACUUCAGAAAUCAGAAAAAGCCAGACAGAUGUCGGAGGAAAGCUUUCUGAAAAUGCAGAAGGAAUAUGACGCCAAAACAGAAACAUUGCAACUACAGAUUGAAAAGCUGAAUAAACAGAACUCCAGUUUAGAGCAAGAGCUAAAGUCUGAGAGAGAACAACACAAAAGUCUUCAACAGGAGCUUCACAAAGAGAAGGACUCUAACAAGUCCCUACAGGGCGAGCUACAGCAGUAUGCCCAGUUACAGAAGGAUUUUGAUAAAUUACUCCUGGAGAAGAAACAAUUGGAUAGUCUGUGCGAUGAACAGGAACAGGCAUUGCAGGAAAUGGGCCAGCACCUUAGCCAGUCAAAAUUAAAAAUGGAAGAUAUUAAAGAAGUCAACAAAGCACUUAAGGGUCAUUCAUGGCUGAAGGAUGAUGAAGCACGUGGGUGCAAACAGUGUAACAAAGAAUUCUCCAUUUCCAGGCGAAAGCAUCAUUGUCGAAACUGUGGCGAUAUCUUCUGCAACACCUGUUCCAGUAAUGAACUCUCACUGCCAUCAUACCCAAAGCCUGUCCGGGUGUGCGACACUUGCCAUAACUUACUGCUCCAAAGAUGUUCCUCAAAUUGUUCUUGAGAUUCCAUCUGGCUUCGCAAUUGUUUUUCUUUUUAAACAGUGUGGGGGGAAUCAAUUUUCUACGUAUAAAUAAUUAUUUUUGCUUGUUAAGAAUAUUAUAUAAAUGUGUAUUUUUCUGUUACUGUAUUCAUAAAAUUAAUAAUCACAAGCAAUGAAGUUAAUAAUCAAUUUUACUACUACGCAGCUCAAAAUAUUUUCUGUAUGUUUGUACUAAUAGUGAUAAAUCAUUCAAUUUCUGUACCUUAUAUUUCUGACAUGCUUUUAAAACCAUCUGAACUGUUCGUAAGAUACAUAGAGAAUAUUACCUUGUUUUUACAUCACUUAAAAAGUAAAAUUCUGAUCACAUUUGUUACAAAACAUUAUUUGAUAUCACAAAAGGAAAAAAAUAGAAAUUUGUCUACUGAUGAAUGAGAAUGUAUGUGGCUUUAUUUUCCAUUUGUUGUGGGCUUUAUUUAACUUAUCUGCCAGAACAUAGUACAUUUCCUUUGUGCUACACUGCUUUUUCCAUUCGCUACACAGAUUCUCUGCUAAUCUCCGGGUAUCACUGAAUAGUAUUAAGAGGUCUAUCUGUGUAAAAAUAUGUUAACUUUUUGCUGCAUAUUGUAUCACUUUGAUGUGAUAUAGCUUUGUUUAGUUUAAAAUCAUGUAUAAUUACCCUUCCUGCAAUGCGAUCUGGGAACCAGGGCUCCGGCGAUCCUCUGGAUUUGGUAAGGCUCUACCUUCUGCGCAUGCGCUGGCCACCUCAUAUCAGUGCAGCACUGGCAGUCAGGUGGAGGUGACUCAGGUUUAUGUAUCUGUCCGGUCACUUUACUAUAGUGGCAGCGGGGGUAGGAGCAGAGCGAGGGGGCAGUGAGGAGGAGGAGACCUGGUCUCAUUUGCUAUCACAGAAGGGGCAGGCAGAAGGCAGGGAGACGGCCAUCUUCACUGCUCUACUCCCCGUACAAGCCUCCUUAGGCCAUCCUGAGAUGACAAAUGUUUUAUGCUUCUAUGAAUUGCUCUCCCCAUACUACAGUAUGAGGAAGCGAUGCCUACAUCAAUCAGGGGACCUGCUGGAGAAAUCUGAGAUUUCUCCACGGUAACAAUUUUCUGAAUAGGACAAAGCAGUGAAAAGCCCUGUAAUCACUGAUAUAGGGCUUUUCACUGCUACAAGAAUAGACCCCUAAGUAAGAGAAUUUUCUCUAAAUGUGAAAACGUUUCUUACUGUUCAUACCAUAAGCAUAUUAAUGUUUUAAUCUAAUGCAACAUACAAUUAUAAACGUGAAAAAGGGAGCACAGCAGCUAAGAUGAAUGCUAAAUGGGUAUAGAAACAUAAAACCAUAGAAUUCUAUGGCAGAUAAGAACCACGUGGCCCAUCUAGUCUGGUCAUUGACUAGCAAGGGUUAACCACCGACCGCAUAUAGUUUUGCCACUAAUAGCGGAGACUCAAUGGUUCUCCGACAUCGAUGGGACAGAGGUGCAUGAUAUGUUUAGUUUUACAUAGUACAGGGACAUGGAGACUAGCUCCGCCCCCAAUGUGCCGUCUGCAAAGCCCCGCCUCCACCUCUGAUUGGCCUGGUGAGUAAUAGAGCAGGGAUGAACAUCAGUGAGCAAAGCCAUCGAUGGUUCCCCCCUCUUGAUGGUUUUGUACCAUCAAUGGUUUAAUUCACUGUUGGCCAUUCCUUAUGAUAAAAAUUAAACUAAAUUCAAAAAUAAACAAAGAGUUGAAAAGGUUGCAGAUUGCCAGUCUGUGCUCAAAUAUGGUAAAAUAAUGUUACUGUAUUGUUUGAGGUACAAAAAUAAUGCAACAAGCUAAGGCUCGGAAACUACUGAUACUGGAAUACUGAGUCAGUGUCACAAAUACUCCAGGCAAAUCAGACAAUAUGUAGUCAAUCUGCAAGCGUCAACAAAUGUCCUUAUCUAAGAAGCUUCCAGCUCCACUGGGGCCCGUUCUGGAUUGUUUUCGGGCAAAUAUCUGUGGAAUCUAUUUUUGACUUGUGACGUGAACGAUGACACUCAGUGCCUUAAGCAGUAGUGCUCGAUUGUGUAUUUUUCAUUGACCAUACCUAAUCCCCCUUAUAAUGACUAAUAUAAUGCAGUUCAGCAUAUUGCCGUAACUUUUUACCUUCACAAACUGUCUAUAGCCCAAAUCCCAUGGGGCUGUGAUUAAUAAUAAUUAAGGUUACUGUACAAUCAUGUGCGCACUGGUUUUGUUACACAAAAUAUUUUUGUAAUAAGCGCAGGAUGGGCAGCACUAGAAUAAAUAAUUGUCACUCACAAGUAAGAAAUGGUUUCAUGUCUUUAUUUUGAGCAAAUUACCCAGAUGAAGCCAACAUUUCAGAACAAACACAAGACCACUUUUUUUUUUUACACUGUUCCAUAUGGUUGUAUGUGUUCAGCAUUAUACACAAACAUCCCCAUGUCUCACAUCCAGUGCAUCUUCACCGUUUCAAGAAACGCGUUGCACCAAUUAAUGGUUAGUGGGCCUGAUUCAGAGAUUAAAUAAACAUACAUCUUGGAGCUAGCGUACAGUUGCUGAAGCAAUUGUAAGUUUCUCCGGCAGGGACCACAGGUUAUCCCCAGGAUAACAAGGGGAUAUGAUGGAGCGACAGCGAAUUUGCACCAAUUGGUCAAAGCUUUCUGGCCUCCCAGCAUGCAACUGGCCCGGCCUGUCCAUAUAUCCCUGGCUCAGGCAAAUCAGUUUUUUGUUUGGUGCGACAGGAGCCGGACCAUGGCCAGAGGGCUGCUGCUUUUUAGCAGCCAUAAGCUUUGUUAUUUUAUUGUUAUAGUCUUUCUAAAUUUUGUGUGAUCUUUCUAAACAGCGUCUUAUACGUACCUUAGAAAAAGUCGCUCCAACAACUCUCCACCGGGUUGCGACAAUGCUUACCCAUGAGUACAGUGCUGUUUCGGCAGGCGUCUGUGCCGGAUAUACUAGCAGGUCCAUCAGACGUUACCAGGCUGUGGCCGGAACACGGGGAGAAAGUAAGGCAUCGAUUCCACUUAGAUGAAAUACGGACACAGCCACACUGUUUUGGGAGGCGACUACCAAACGGUAGCUGACGCGGCUGCCACCCCAGGUGCUCCAGCUCUAGGCCUUAGGGAUUAUAGGCUCCAGGAAUAGUAUGAGGCCGCGAUCCCUAGGGUUGAUGUCAGCUGAGGGGAGUCAAACGCUCUCCUGAUCGCCCCUCCCCCCCGGUUCAUGACCAGUUUCCGUCGAGUCUCCCACCAUGAACUGUUUCCUCGCUUCCAUCCCAGACACUACCACGAGGGGACCCGGUUGCAGCAUAGGCAGCUGUAUGACCGGUGCAUCUGUGUUCACUGAGCGCUACCACGAGGGGACCCGGUCGCAGCAUAGGCUAACAUAUUUGAUCGAUCUUGGAAGCGGGGUGAGUCCCCCUGUAUCCCACUUUACUGUGUACGGGUAAUACAGCACUAAAUCUCUAUCUACCUUUUAAGUACGAAUAGUUAGAUAAGUGCCUAUUGCAUAUGAGUCUGUAUACUAUUACUGUUGUUUCUUUCGCAUUGCGUCUGAAUACUUUAGAUCUGUUAAAACAUGAUUCAAUAAAUGUGUUCUCCUACAUACUCAAAA